AUGGCGAUUCCUACCGUCUCUUUUCUGGUAGGAGCCCAAGGAGUCCUCACCCACCCUCUCUUUCUUUCCGUCUGCAUCCUGGCAUUUCCCAUGUACCUGCUAGACUUUCUGGGCUUGUGGAACUGGAUAUGCAAAAAAUCACUCCCCUACUUCUUGGCAAGGUUCACUGUGAUGUACAACGAACAGAUGGCGAGCAAGAAGCAGGAGCUCUUCAGCAAUCUACAGGAGUUCGCAGGCCCCUCCGGGAAGCUCUCCCUGCUGGAGCUGGGCUGCGGCACAGGGCCCAACUUCAAGUUCUACCCGCCUGGAUGCCGGGUGACCUGUAUUGAUCCCAACCCCAACUUUGAGAAGUUCUUGAUCAAGAGCGUUGCUGAGAACCGACACCUGCAGUUUGAGCGCUUCCUGGUGGCUCCCGGGGAGGACCUGCACCAGGUGGCCGACGACUCCAUGGAUGUGGUGGUCUGCACACUGGUCCUGUGCUCCGUGAAGAACCAGGAGCGGAUCCUCCAGGACGUGUGCAGAGUGCGGAGGCCGGUGAGUGCGGGACGUGAGGAGGGAGAGACCACCUUCACUGCGUGUUAA